UAGUAGAAAUAAAGAUAGAAUCUUUCUGAGGCUUUGAUUCUCACCACCCAAAUUAACAAGAAAAUUUUUUCACUCAAAGUUGCUGAGCUUCUUCACUCUGAUAGGGUGAAGAAACAAGUAGGGUUUUGUUUGGAGGAAUUCAUGGCUGGGAUAAGAGCAGAAUGUGAAAAGGGUUUGACAGGAAAAGCUCUGAUUUUGAUUGCUUUACUAGCUUUAGCUUGUGGGAUUGUUUCAGCUCAGGAGAAUCUUGAGCAAGUGACUACUGAAGGAAAUGGUGCCUCUGAAUCUGAUUAUUUCACAAGAAUUACCAGUUUCUUGAAGCAAAGUAGAGGCUUGCAAGCAAGACCUGUUUGGCCUGAUAUGGAGUUUGGAUGGAGAAUAGUUGCUGGUACUGUGGUUGGAUUCUUUGGUGCUGCUCUUGCUAGUGUUGGAGGUGUUGGUGGAGGUGGAAUUUUCGUUCCGAUGCUGGUGUUGAUAGUCGGGUUCGACCCGAAAACAUCAACUGCUAUAUCAAAGUGUAUGAUAACCGGUGCUGCACUUGCUACCGUCUAUUACAACAUC